UUUCUGGAUUUCUGCUCUCCGCCUCUCUCUCUCUCUCUCUCUCCAAACCCUUUCCAGUUCCCGAUCUCAAAUCUUCCAGUCUCUUCUCUCUUUCUAUCUCUACGAAUCCAUUUCCCUCUCUAGAUUUAUAUCGCUAUAUACAACGCUCGUAUAUACUCAUCUUCAGAUCUCCGUAUCAGCGGCCACAGAUUCGAAUCGAAAUCGAGUUGAGUUUGAGUCUCUGUUCCAUGGCGAAUCCGAAUUCACCAGGGCCGGGAGGCCCGUUCGAUAUGCAGAAGUUCUUCAAGCCCCAGGCGAGCCCUAUCUCUCAAAACCCCAGCCCCAAUUUGGGCUCUCCUUAUCCGCCACCCCCCUCUGCUUCUUAUCCUCCACCCACUGGCCCUUACUCUCAGUUUCACCACUCUCCUCAGUUCCCGAUCCCUCCUUAUCCGCAGCCAGAUCACCUCCCCCACGUCGCCAACUUGCACCAUCAGAGGUCCGUGUCUUUUCCUACGCCCCCGCUCCAGGCCCAAAACCCUAAUGCCGGUGCCAGGCUCAUGGCCCUGCUGAGCGCCCCGCCGGCGAAUUCGGCCGUCCCGAUGGCGCCUAUCCAGCCCUCGUCUUCCGGUUCUUCAGAGUUCUCGGCCUCGGUGCCGCCAAAUGUUAAUGUUGUUAAUCCGGGGAUGAUCGCGAAUGCGCCUCCGAUGCGUAUGCCCAGCAGCAAGCUGCCCAAGGGUCGCCAUUUGAUCGGCGAUCGCCUCGUGUAUGAUAUCGAUGUUAGAUUGGACGGCGAGGUGCAGCCACAGCUCGAAGUCACUCCAAUAACAAAGUACGUAUCGGAUCCCGGUCUCGUUUUGGGCCGGCAAAUUGCGGUCAAUAAGACUUACAUAUGCUAUGGACUGAAGAUGGGAGCUAUUCGGGUCCUUAACAUAAACACUGCAUUGAGAUCAUUGCUUAAAGGUCUAGCCCAGAGGGUCACCGACAUGGCUUUCUUUGCUGAGGAUGUUCACCUUUUGGCUAGUGCUAGCGUAGAUGGGCGGGUUUAUAUAUGGAAGAUUACUGAAGGUCCGGAUGAUGAAGAUAAACCACAGAUUAGCGGAAAGAUAGUCAUUGCCAUUCAGAUAGUAGGAGAUGGGGAAUCUGUUCAUCCACGAGUUUGUUGGCACUGUCACAAACAAGAAAUUCUGGUAGUUGGAAUUGGAAAACAUGUUCUGAGAAUUGAUACUACAAAAGUUGGAAAAGCUGAAGUAUGUUCAGCCGAAGAACCUCUCAAAUGCCCUAUUGAUAAUUUAAUUGAUGGAGUCCAACAUUUUGGUAACCACGAGGGAGAGGUGACCGAUUUGUCAAUGUGCCAGUGGAUGACUACCCGCUUGGUUUCUGCUUCAGUAGAUGGCACGAUAAAAAUUUGGCAGGACCGAAAACCAGAACCACUUUUGAUACUGAGGCCACAUGACGGUCAACCUGUUAAUUCUGUUACAUUCUUGACUGCUCCUCACCGCCCUGACCAUGUUAUACUUAUAACAGGGGGUCCACUAAAUCGGGAAGUGAAGAUAUGGGCCUCAGGAAGUGAAGAAGGUUGGCUACUUCCUAGUGAUUCUGAAUUGUGGCACUGUAUCCAGACAUUGGACUUGAAGAGUUCAGCUGAAUCUCGAGUUGCGGAGGCAUUCUUCAAUCAAGUUGUGGCUUUGUCUCAAGCAGGGCUUCUCUUAUUGGCAAAUGCCAAGAAGAAUGCUAUAUAUGCUGUACACUUAGAGUAUGGUCCUAAUCCAGCAGCAACCCGAAUGGAUUACAUUGCUGAGUUUACUGUCACCAUGCCAAUUUUAAGCUUUACUGGAACAAGUGAUUUGUUACCUCAUGGGGAACACGUUGUUCAGGUUUAUUGUGUCCAAACACAGGCUAUUCAGCAGUAUGCUUUGGAUUUAUCUCAAUGCUUGCCACCUCCACUGGAGAAUGUGGUUUUAGAGAGGUUAGACUCUGGUGUUUUGCGUGAUGUGACUAGUACUGAAGGAUUUCCUAAUUCAGAACCUUCUGGAAGUAGAGCUAUUGAGAUACCUUUAAGUAGUUCAGCACCUAAGCUGGCUCUGCAUGAUAGUGGCCCUGAUAGUGUGUCUAUGAUGAGGCAUCCGGCAAGCUCUGCUUCAUUGGAUGCUUCCACUUCUAUGGAAUUUGCCACUCUGAGUUUAGAUACUAGACCAAUUUCGUUACCUGCUGCAACUGGCAAUAGUGAUAUUUCUUCUGUUGCAUCCCCUCCUUUACCUUUGAGCCCAAGGUUGUCUGGUAAACUUUCUGGUUUUAGAAGUCCAAGAAAUGGCUUUGAGCCAGGUCCCGUGCUUGAUGAUCGUGGUGGAGAUCAACAAGUUAUUGAAUAUUCAGUUGAUAGGCAGAUGGAUAAUGUUCAUGCAAACCUGUCUGAUGUCUCUUCCUUGGAUGAUGAUUCAAAAAGUGGCGAAAACAAGAUUGUACGAGAUGAUAUUUCAACUGUUCUUAAUCAACCUAUUAAGUUCAAACAUCCAACGCAUCUGGUCACUCCAUCAGAGAUAUUAAUGGCUACAUCAUCCUCUGAGACUGCCCAUGUUGUUGAACAGAAGGUUGAGGGGGAGCCAAGCAUUCAAGAUGUGGUCGUCAACAGUGACGUGCGCAAUGUUGAGGUGGAGGUUAAGGUUGUAGGUGAAACUGGAUUUAGUCACAAUCAUGAAACUGGCCCUCAGGGAGAAUCUCCCAUUAUUGUUCCCGAAAAUAAAGAAAGGGCAUUUUACUCUCAGGCAUCUGACCUGGGUAUUGAGAUGGCCAGAGAAUGUUCUGCACUUUCUUCUGAAACAUAUAUUGUAGAGGAAUCUAGGCAACUUGAUGGAGCUAAUGUAAAUGAAGCUCAGGCUCAACCUUCAAGUGCUGAUGAAGAAGUGAAUGAUUCCACAACAGAUAUCUCUGGAAAAAAUGAGGGUUCCAUGUUGCCUGCAGCAGUUCCACAAGCUGUACCAACCACAAAAGGUAAAAAGCAAAAGGGUAAGAAUACUCAAGGGUCAGGUCCACCAUCGCCAUCCCCAAGUGCUUUCAAUUCAACAGAUUCUUCUGGUGAGCCAGGAGUUACUUCAGCUAUCCCUUCUGUGGAUGCUGCUUUUUCACAAAUUUUGUCUAUGCAGGACACGCUUAAUCAGUUGACAACCAUGCAAAAAGAAAUGCAGAAGCAAAUGACCAUGAUGGUCACUGUCCCUGUUACCAAAGAAGGUAGAAGGCUUGAGGCAGCCCUUGGGAGGAGCAUGGAGAAAACUGUCAAGGCCAACUCUGAUGCAUUAUGGGCUCGCUUUCAAGAAGAGGCAGCAAAACAGGAGAGGUUACUACGAGAGCGUACUCAGCAAAUAACAAGUUUGAUAACUAACUGCAUAAAUAAGGAUUUGCCUGCUGUGGUGGAAAAAGCGGUGAAGAAGGAAUUUGCUGCAGUUGCACCUGCUGUAGCUCGGACAAUCUCGCCAACUAUUGAAAAAACAGUAUCUGCAGCUAUUGUGGAUGCCUUCCAGAGAGGAGUUGGCGACAAGGCAGUGAAUCAACUGGAGAAAUCAGUUAAUUCAAAGCUUGAAGGUACUGUUGCUAGGCAGAUCCAAUCUCAAUUCCAAACAUCUGGAAAACAAGCUCUUCAGGAUGUAUUGAAGGCCAGUCUGGAAGCUUCAAUUAUCCCUGCCUUCGAGAAGUCAUGCAAGGCAAUGUUUGAGCAAGUUGAUGCUACUUUCCAGAAAGGAAUAAUUGAACACACGAGUGCCGCUCAACAGCAGUUUGAGUCCACGCAUUCACCAUUGGUUCUUGCUUUGCGGGAUGCGAUCAGUUCUGUAUCAUCCAUUACUCAAAAUUUAAGCGGGGAAUUGGCUGAAGGUCAAAGAAAGUUGUUAGCUCUUGCUGUUGCAGGAGCAAAUCCAAAAGCAGUGAACCCCUUGGUUACUCAACUAAGCAAUGGACCUUUGGGCGGUCUCCAUGAGAAGAUUGAGCCACCUCUGGAUCCAACCAAGGAACUAUCAAGAUUGGUAUCUGAAUGUAAAUAUGAGGAAGCUUUCACCGCAGCCCUUCAAAGAAGUGAUGUUUCUAUAGUGUCUUGGUUAUGCUCUCAGGUUGAUUUACAGAGGAUCUUGACAAUGGUUCCCCUCCCAUUGAGCCAAGGUGUACUGUUGUCACUUCUGCAGCAGCUAGCCUGUGAUAUAAGCAAGGAAACUUCCCGAAAGGUGGCGUGGAUGACGGAUGUGGCGGUUGCUAUAAACCCGGCCGACCCUAUGAUAGCAAUGCACGUGCGGCCGAUCUUUGAGCAAGUCUAUCAGAUACUAAACCAUCAUCGCAGCCUCCCUACAACUUCCAGUAAUGAGGUAUCUAGCAUCCGUCUUCUCAUGCAUGUUAUCAACUCGAUGCUGAUGACUUGUAAAUGAUCGGUCCCCAUUUUGAUCUUGUGAAGAUACAGACUAGCAAUGUACUAGGUGGUGGGUUUGUACAAAAGUAGUAGGGAUUUUUGAGGUGAAGUGUUGCAUUGUGUAGAGUCGGUUUCUCUUUUAGUACAACUUUAUUACUAAAGCAGAAAAAUUGUUGAUACUGUGUAAUGGGUUGCCCACGCAUUUCAGGUUUCAGACUCGGGUUUUUGUUUUGGUGUGAA